AUUAUGGAAAAGUUUGCGUAUGUGAAAUUACUGCAUGCCACAGGCAAAGCAGAACAAGACAAUUUUAUAUCACCCCUGGAAAAAAUUCACCAUUUUAAUGAAAACACGUACAACCCUUUUCAAUUAUACAAAAUUGAUAAAGACAAUGGAGAUAUUGUGCAAGGAACUGUCGCUUUCAUUGCAAAUGCAGAGGACAUGAACGAUAUUCUAAAUAAGAAAGGAAGGCAUCGAGCAGUAAAUAAAAAGUACCUUCUCGAUCCACAUGACACUACGGAUACGGAAACUGAAGGAAAUUUUAAAAGGAAAACACAGACGGUCCAAGAAAAUAAAAUUGAACAAUCCUUAAAUAACAGGCUUGAAAAUCUAAAAAAGAAACAAAAAUUGGAGAAAUCUUCGUCUGGAGGAUCAUCACAAGAGCUUAAUUCAUUAUCAGAAGAAAUUGAUUUAGGAAUCCAAAAGUCUAAUGGAAACAAAAAAUUUGUCGAAAAGAAGACCAUACCGAAAAAAACAAAUUCAGACCUAAAGAAACCCACAGCUGCGGACAAGUCCUUGAAGCAGGAUUCACUGAACAAUUCUGCAAAUGGAAAUCGAAGUUCCACGAAACAAACAGCACCUACACAAAUAAUAAAAUCUGGGGAAAACACGAAAUUAGAACAAGAAAAAACAACAACUACGGACAACUCCUCAAAACCGGAUUCGCUUAAGUUUUCUCCAAACGAAAAUCAAAAUUCCACUAAGAAAAAAAUACCUGCACAAACAAUGAAAUCUUCAGGGAAAUCGAAAGUAGAUUCGAAAAAACCCACAGCUGCGAACGAAUCCCUAAAGCAGGAUUCGCUCAAGAUUUCUGCAAAUGGAAAUGGAAGUUCCAUGAAACAAACAGCACCUACACAAAUAAUAAAAUCUGGGGAAAACACGAAAUCAGAACAAAUAAAAAUCGCACCUACGGACAACUCUUCAAAACCCGAUUCGCUUAAGUUUUCUGCAAACAAAAAUAAAAAUUCUACGAAGCAAAAAAUACCUGCACAAACAAUAAAAUCUGCGGGGAAAACUAAAGCAGACCUGAAGAAACCCACAGCUGCGGACAAGUCCUUGAAGCAGGAUUCACUGAACAAUUCUGCAAAUGGAAAUCGAAGUUCCACGAAACAAACAGCACCUACACAAAUAAUAAAAUCUGGGGAAAACACGAAAUUAGAACAAGAAAAAACAACAACUACGGACAACUCCCCAAAACCGGAUUCGCUUAUGUUUUCUGAAAACGAAAAUCAAAAUUGUACGAAGCAAAAAAUAUCUGCACAAACAAUGAAAUCUUCGAAGAAAACGAAAGUAGACUCGAAAAAACCCACAGCUGCGAACAAGUCCCUGAAGCAGGAUUCGUUCAAGAUUUCUGCAAAUAAAAAUGAAAAUUCCACGAAACAAACAGUACCUAUACAAAAAAUGAUGUCUGGGGAAAAUACGAAAUUAGCACGUCAAAACCUCACAGCUGUAAACAAGACCCUUAAAACUUUUCUGACUGAACACCCUAGAGGUGGAAACAAAAAUGCAAUAAAACAAAAAAAUGUUGAACAACCUUUUAGAGAUCCGCUACGUGUUAUGCAGUUAAAUAUUUCAAAUCAAACCGUCAACAAUGGAAAACAGCUUAAAAAUGAUAAAGAAGAUGGUAGAUCGUCUUUCUCUAAGAAAUUGGAAGACGAAGCUGAAACUGAACGAUGUUUGCAAAUUCAAAGGUUACAAGUAAAAAAAUUGUCUGAUACUCUAAAAGCAACUCAAGAUAGACUAAAGGUUUUAAAAGCAGUCCACGAAGAGAAAAUAGAUGAAUUGAGUCGAGCGAAGGACGAUUUAGAUCAACUUGAAACAGAAUUACAUAAAACCCAAAACGAAUUAGAAAGGACAAAACAGAUGAAUAUAAAUUGGCAAAACACGGCCAUAAACAAAUGCAACCUGAUGCAUGCCAUGUUCACAGAGUGGAAGGAAACACAAGACAACCUUACUACACAGAUCACUUACCCUCCUGUUGGUUACGUAACUGAAACAGAAAGUCACAUUCAUCUCGGACGAGGAGAAUGGCUACCUUAUAAUGCUUACGCGCUUGCAAUAAGUAAUAUUUCGAUGAAAAAUAGAAAAGUUUUGUUCAGAAAUAUUUCUGUCGCUCUUCUGGGUUAUGAUGCUCUUGCUAAAACCACUAUUACUGGCAAAGGAAGUAAUCGUAAUCAAGGAACUAAAGUACCAGAAAGUAAAUUGGACCCAAAGAAACUUUUAGCUAUAAAAGAUAUUUAUCGUCAUUUUUGUAUAACUGAGUUGAGAAUGGACCAGAUUGAUGCUGAAUUGGAAGCUGGAGAAGCUAAUGAAAGAAUUAGAAAAAAAAUUUCUCAAUUGAAAGGAAUUAAAAAUAAACCUAAGAAAUCUGGUCAAAACAUUUUGGGCAAUACUGCAGAAGUUCUAACAGAAAAAGAGGAUGAACAAGAAAUCAGAGGAGGAAUGAUUAAUGAAGAAGAGCGGGUGAUGGAAACAGAGGGUGAUGAAAGAAUUUAUAAUCAAGGAGUGACUGAUGAAUUAGUAGGUGAUUAUAUAGUGGAUGAUGAAGGGAAUGAUAAAGAAGGAAAUGGUGAAGAAGGGAAUGAUGAAGGAGGAAAUGAUGAAGAAGGGAAUGAUGAAGAAGGGAAUGAUGAAGAAAGGAAUGAUGAAGUGAAUGACGUGGGUGAUGAUGAAACAAUGGCUGAUGAAGGAGUUGAUAAUGAAGAAGUAAAUGAUGAUGAUGCAAUGUAUGACGAUGAAGUUGAUAAUGAAGAAGUAGAUGAUGAUGAAGCAAUGGAUGACGAUGUAGUUGAUAAUGAAGAAGUAGAUGAUGAUGAAGCAAUGGAUGACGAUGAAGUUGAUAAUGAAGAAGUAGAUGAUGAUGAAGCAAUGGAUGAUAAAGUUUAUGAGGAGCAAAUCUAUGAUGAUUCAAUUCAAAUAGAUGAUUUUAACUGCUCUGUGGAAAAUGAAAACUCUAUUGUAAUUGUUGAAAGCAAUCCAGAAAAUGAGUUAGGAAAGAACCCUUUCAUAGCUGUGGACGUCUCUAAAAAUUUGGCAGAAACAACUCUAUUUAUAGAUUUGUUUUCAAAUUUGGAUCCACUUGACAUUCAUGAAGAAAAUAAGUGGGAAGAUAACACUUAUGAUGCUGGCAGUGAAAGUGACGAAUCACUUUAAAAUCACUUUAAAUGCUUUGAGUUUUCGGGUGAACUGAUUUUGUUACACAUUAAAUGUAAUUAUAACAAGUUAUCUUGUUUUCAGACAUCUGUCAAAAAAAAUUUAAUAAUGUUAUUUUGUCUUCUAAUUUUUAAGCAUUACAAUAGUAGAUAUAACAAGCACGUUUUGCAAUUUUUAAAAGUAAAUGUUAAUUAUAUAUUAUAAAGCAACAGAUGAGAAACGAUUUUCAUGUAAAUCACAUAUAGCAUAUAAUUUGUUUGAAAAGUGCUUUAAAAGUUCUUCUAGUUUUCGGGUAAAUUUUUUUUACUAUACAUUAAAUGUAAUUAUAACAAGUUAUAUGUAGCACCUGUGGAAAAAAUUUUACUAAUGUUAUUUUGUUCCGUACUUUUUAAGCAUUAUGAUUGUACGUGUAAUAAGCAAGUUUUGCAAUUUGUAAAUGUUCGAUAUAUGUUAUAAAAGAACAGAAAAGAAAA